UUGUUACUGAAUCGCUGUAAUGUUGCCAUCAUUAUUAUCAUACAGUAGCUUAAUUUGGUUUUGUGGUUUGUGGCAUAUUGUUGUUAAUUUAUGCCUAAUCGUUCUUAUUAUGAUGCUAAACGUAUUGCAGCAUAUUAUUAAGCUGGCUGUUGUUCCUCUUUUUAGGCCGUUGCUUGUAUUGUAGGGUAUUUAGAGUUUUAUGGAGAUUGUAUUGUUUUGAUUGGGUUGUAUCAGUAAUGUGCAACAAAAAAAAAAAAACUUUAAUCAGUUCUUUAAUCAAUAAUGCUAUUUUUUUUGUGAGUACUAUGAAAUGUAUUUCUGUCUGCACAACUGCUCACCUGGUGACGAUUUAGGAAUGCCCAUACCUGUAUAGGUUUUGAGGUGUUAUCUUGUGAGUGAGGAUGAACACUGUCCAGAAUGCUAAAUGGAAGGUGGCAUGAAUCUAAGUGGAGUCUGUCCGAGGCCUGAUAGUGGGUGCCAGGUGGAUGGGACACAGAAGGCAUUACCACUCACAGUGGACAGUGCAGUGGGUGGUAAUGAUGGUGAUUGGCAGCAUCUGGCUAGAAUUGUCUGUGCAAACAGCAGCUAGUAACAAGAGACUCUGGAGCAGUCCACAUCCACAUUCAAUGCAGGAGAGCCAACAUGCAUAAUAGCACUGUCCCAUGACAUUUGCCACAUCAGUGUGUACAGUAUAUGGACUGAUAUGGUCUGGGCUCUUAUGGGUUAAUGGUACCAUUUCUAACAAAUGUACGAAUUUGAUCUGCAUAGCAUUUUUAUUGAUUUAUGAAUUUUUUAAUAGUUUACUAGUAAUCCUGACUGUGCUACAGUAAUGACUUCACAGUGUAAACAGUGACGCAGUCUGCAUCAAAGCUACGUGCAGGUUAAAGAUGAUGAUGAUGACGCGCUGGGCUGCAGGAGGUAGAGCAGCAGAAAGAGAAACAGGAGGAAGAGAGAGAGAGAGAGAGAAAGGAGGGAAAGAGAGAGAGAAAGAGAGGCAGAGACAGAGAGAGUGGGCAGCCCUGCUGCCACCCUGCCGUCGCCAGCUGAUCAUGGGUGAGGUUCGGAGCAGCGCAUUCAAAGCCUCUGCGGGGAUGGGGGAGAGACGGAGCUGCCGCGGCUUUCCCAGGAGCCGCAGCGCCUCGGCCUCUUUUCCAGGGAACCUGCACCUGGUUCUGGUUCUGAGACCCACCAGCUUCUUCCAGCGCACCGUCACGGACCUCGGCUUCCGCUUCAGCCAGGAGGAUUUCAUGCUCAAAAUGCCUGUAGUGAUGCUGAGCUCUGUCACAGACCUGCUGCGCUACAUUGAUGAGAAUCAGCUGACCUCAGAGUUUGGAGGCACUCUGGACUACUGCCACAGUGACUGGAUUGUCCUCAGAACAGCCAUAGAGAGCUUUGCAGUGACGGUGAAGGACAUCGCGCAGAUGCUGCAGGCAUUUGGGACUGAGCUGGCUGAAACGCAGCUACCUGAAGACACCAGCGCAAUAGAGCUGCUGCUGCUGUCUCACACUGAGAAAUACAGGAGACUGAAGGAUGCCAUCAAGUCAGUGAUGAGGGAGGGGCGACACCUGCUUUGCAGUCUGGAGGCUUCAGGGAAAGAAGUGGAUAAAGACACGCACUGGGACAUAUCACAGGACUGGGACACGGUGCAGAGACUGCUGGCUCAGCUCAGAGACAUGGAGAUGGCUUUCGACGGCUUCUUUGACAAACACCAUCUGAAACUGCAGCAGUACCUACAGCUGCUGAGAUACGAGCACAGCUUCCAAGAGAUGGAGAGCUUGUUACAGAAGCUGAGUGUUCAGGAGAGGAAACUGAUCAUCACAGGAGACACGCUGACCCAGACUGAGCAGACCAGCAAAGAUCUGAGCGCUCUGGAGAAACGAGCCAUGGAGGAGAUGGCUCGCGCUCAGGUGAUGAUACUGCAUGGGCACCAGCUGGCUGCAGGGCAUCACUACGCCAUGGCUCUGAUAAUCCAGCGAUGUAAUGAGCUCAGACAUCACUGUGACACCCUAAACUCCGCCCUCAGCACCAAACGCAAGGAACUCACACAAGUCCAGACGUUACUGCAACGCCUGGAGGAGGCCCAGCGGUGGUGUGAUGAGGGCACAUACCUUCUGGCCAAUCAGCUGGUAGAUAAGGUCCAGUCUAAAGAAGGAGCUCAGGCAGCUCUGAGGGAUAUCGAGAAGUUCCAGGAGGGGGCGCCAGCGCUCCUCACUGCAGGCUCUGACCUGCUGUUCAUGGAAUAUGAGAGCGUUCUCACCACUCAGCUACAGACUCAUAUAGAGAAGACGUUUGAGAAGCACGCCUCCGUGCAGAAUCUGAUCCAGGCCAGACAGACCUGCCUGAAGAAACUAGCAGACAAACACGUGAGACCCAUCCUGCUGGUGGCCCCCCGACCUGAAAACCCACCCCGCUCCAAAUCCCCCAUCUUCUCCCCUAAACACGAUUUUAAUUCAAGUAUAAAGUUCACCUUUGACCUCUCCCUACCCGGCAAGAGAACAUCACGGAAAUGCCCAAACUCCCGCAAGAUUGAAGUGAUGCACGACUAUCAGAACCGCAGCUCUCUGUCCUACAUUGUAGACGGGGAGGACAGUGCUGAUCUGCUGAAACGGCAUGUAAUGAAGGAGCUGAUUGAGACCGAGAGAAUAUAUGUAGAAGAGCUUCUAGCUGUGCUGCUGGGUUACAGGGCUGAGAUGGACAACCCCUCGCUCUCUGCCCUCCUGCCCACCAGCCUACGCAAUAAGAGAGAUGUUCUGUUUGGAAACAUGCCAGACAUCUACAAUUUCCACAGCAGGCUCUUCCUGAAGGACCUGGAAAGCUGUUUGGAGAUGCCCGAGGCUGUGGGAGCGUGUUUUCUUGAGCGGAAAGAACACUUCCAGGUGUAUGAAUGCUACUGUCAGAAUAAGCCCCGAUCGGAGUCUUUGUGGAGACAGUUCUCAGACUGUGCCUUUUUUCAGGAGUGCCAAAAGAAGCUGGAGCACAAACUGGCUCUGGAUUCGUACCUGUUAAAACCAAUCCAGCGCCUUACAAAGUACCAGCUCUUACUGAAGGAGUUGUUGAAGUACAGCUCAGGUUGUGAGAGGGUUUCUGAACUGCAGGGGGCGCUAGCUGCUAUGCUGGACCUGCUGAAGUCAGUUAAUGAUUCUAUGCACCAGAUCGCCAUCACAGGAUAUGAGGGAGAACUGAGUGAUUUGGGACGGGUCCUGAUGCAGGGCUCCUUCAGUGUGUGGAUUGGUCAUAAGAAGGGUCCGACGCGGAUGAAGGAUCUGACGAGGUUUAAGCCCAUGCAGAGACACCUGUUCCUGUACGAGCGAGCACUGCUGUUCUGUAAGAGGAGGGAGGAGCACGGAGAGAACGCUGACAAAACUCCCUCCUACAGCUUCAAACACUGUCUGAAGAUGAGCGCAGUGGGCAUCACAGAGAAUGUGAAAGGAGAUGUGAAGAAGUUUGAGAUCUGGUACAGCGGCAGAGAGGAGGUGUACGUGGUGCAGGCACCAUCAGUAGAGGUGAAGCUGGCCUGGCUGAACGAGAUGAGGAAAAUCCUCACCAACCAGCAGAAGAUCCUCAAAGAAGAAUUGUGUCACUCAAGCCCAUUGGCUGAGCAGAUGCAGCUGUCUCCGCCCCUCUCUGAGAGCAAACAGCAGAGAGCGUCAGUCAGCUCGGAGGAGACGGAGUCGGGCCGCAGCAGUCCGGACCCAACCAGCCACUCUCCACAGCACCAGCGCAACAGACGCAGCUGGCCGGGUGCUCCUCACUCUGUUGAUAUCUGUGAGGGUCUGGAGGACUGGAGUGGAGUUAACAGCGUCUCUAACCUGACUGACACAGAGGAAGAGGACACUGCUCAGUGGGCCCCAGGCAGGUACAGAGCGUUAGGAGAUUACCGCAGACACGGACCUGAUGACCUCAUCAUUAAGUGUGGUGAUGUCAUACAGCUGCAGCAGGAGGAGAAUGACGGACAGUGGCUGGUGAAGAACCUGAGCCGGAGGCAGGAGGGCCGGAUGCCUGCAGCCAACCUGCAGUUUGUUCUGGGACGCAGCAGCAGGGGGCUCUGCAGUCGGCUGGGAGAAGGGGGAAUUCGGAAAGCUCGGAAGCUCAGCUCCCCCUAGGAUAGACCUCCAGUACUGCAGCCCUGCGGCCUCCUCAUCCUCACAGCUGCACAAACUCUAUCCAACGUCCUGACCUUACAGCUGUUCUUUAUUCUACAUUUAAAACUGAGAAACAGGGAUUUCUGUUUGUCUUCCAGCUGGAUGUUUUUAAUAUCAGGGACUGAAGGAAGGAUCAGGAGUUUUUACUGUACUGUAUAAAACCCUCGCCAGCAUUUUUUAGGAUCUACUGAGAUUCCUUUCUCCUGUUGUACUGUAUUCCUCCCACCAGAACUCCAAAUUACAACCUGCACACCCUCAUCUGUUUCCCAGUUAAUAUUCCACACUCCUCCCAACCCUGGAGCUUCCUGAAACCUGGAGCUUUUUUUUUUUUAACCAGCUGUGGAGAACAGUCCAAGGUGUGGCCGUUGAUCAGCACUGAUCCAGAUGUGGCCUUGAUUAGCUGUGACCAGCUUUUCCUAUCCUCUUCCUCCUCUCUUCUUAUCAUAUGAACACUGUUUAAAAACGACUUUUUAUGAAGGCACUUGAACUUUUUCAACUAUCUUCUCGACAAUGGACUGUUUAAACUGCUGAAACUAUCAUGGCUUCCCACCUUUAUCACAGCAAUAUGUGUUUGAGGUGCUGAGUACUGAAUCUGUAUGUUGGCUCUCUUUUAAGCUUUCCGAGAGAUAUCUUUUUUAUUUUUAUUAUUUUAAGGCCAAAAUAAUGUGCCAUAAUGCCUUUAUUUCCUCCUGUACACUAAGUUAAGCUGCUGCCUUCAAUCAUACCCGAGUUCUUACCUUGUACUCACAAUCCUUUGCUAUAAUGGCUGGUCAUUUUAACGUUUUCACUCCUAACCACCUUUCAUUUGUUGAAUUUACAAGAAGAAGUAAUUAUAAUAGUUUAAGUAUACUAUAUUUAACAAACACUUUCUUUUAAAGUCAAACGAGCACUGGAUGUUAAUCUACACAGAUUUUUUUCCCGAAAACUGUUUAUUUCUGUGAGUAAAGCACUUCCAUUUAUUUACAGUAAGCUUAGAUUUCCAGAUUUUGUCCCACAUUGUUUGUUUUAACAUGGUAAAUGCGUGAUUUAAGAAUUUAAAGUGUACUUUAUAGUGCAAAAAAUACAUCUAUUAAACAUUGAGUUAUUAAACAGGACAAGAUAAAGUACAAGAUGAACUCAAAGAAAUUAUAAUCAUUUAAAUAUAGUAUAUUUAACCUAUAAGUCCACUUUGACAGGGUUAUUCAGAACUGUAGGUCUAAAAGUAUGUGAAACUAAUCUGAAAGCUCAGUAGACAAUAGACCAACCCCGAAAUCCAGACCUCAACAUCAUUGAAGUUGUUUGUAUUUUUUUUUUUAAGUGUGUCUCCUGAAACUAAUAGUCGCUAUAAAAUGGAAAAGACUACACUCACUUUAUUAAACAUUAAACAUAUUAAACAUGAUGUUAAAUUUACUUUACUAGGCUUCAAAUUUCAGCUUUUUCUAAAGCUGACAAAAGAUAUCGUUAAUAAAUGGUUGUAAAUUAAAUAAAUGAAAGGGAGGUCUCUGGUUUUAGCAGUGCACACACUGAGUAUACACUGUAAAUGUAACUGUACAAGGUGUGCCUAUUUCAUAGGUUCAUCUGAUUAAAUGACCCGUAAAUGUAGGUACAAGGAAGCUGAACCUUAUAUAUUUUUUUUACAAUUUGAUUUGUAAUAAUAACAGAAUUUGAUUAGUAAUGUUUGUUUUUAGUACUGUAGAUUUCUGUACCUCAGAAAUUAGUUUAAACUCAAUCGUAAGAAACUGCAGGUCACAAGUAGUGAUGCAUUUAAUAGUUUCCCAACUGCAUAUAAUUUUAAAUGGAGAUUUUCAAUUGAAUUGAAAAAAAUAGUCCAAGACUAGGUUUAAUCCUUGUCUGAGAAACUGACCCUUGGCAUUUGAAAAAAAAAUCCAUUUCAUUUAUAAAAUGGUGAAAAGGUGGCGAAAUGAUGGAAAACCUAUUUUUGGCCAAAAUAAAAAAAGCAAGCAUUUUACUUUUUAACGUUUUUAAGUGUUAAAAUAUUUUUUUAAUCAUUUCUAUUGGAUUAUUCAUAAUAGAAUUUUGACGUAAUGUAUCAGAAGGACAGCUCCUGUGUUCAAAUUAUAAAAAGUACACAAAACAGAAUAAAUACAGUUAAAUACUGUUUUUUAUUGUUUAUUUUGUUGGACAGCAACAAUAGGUUGAGUCUUCUUCUGAGUAACAGGUGCUUCACCAAGCCGUUAGUAUGGAGCCCACAGUGUUGAUUAUUAAUUAAGAGAUGAGGGCCCGAGGUGGCCCCUGAAUUGACGCACAUGUUGAGUUGUGUGCGAGUGACGGAGCAUGGAGACGUGAUCGGUUCCCAUUCACGCUGAUGUGUGUGUGUAUGUGUGUGUGUGUGUGUGCUCUCUAAUCUAGGCUUCCUAUUAGAGAUCAUACUGCAAAAAUGUACCCACUGUGUCAAGCGCUUAAUUAAAUAUUGAUUGCAGACUUAUAUGAAUUUACCACAUCAAAUCAAGCCCCCAGUUGGAGGGCUGCCUUUGAUAUACCAGCGUUUGAAGUGGAAAUGAGUUGGGCGACGCAGCAGGAGAAACUCCAAAGUACACAUUUCUUAUGUUAUUAAUUUAUUUAUUUUCCUAUCAAGUUGUUCUCCUGCAGCUCUCUGCCAGCCUCUGGAAAUCACGUCUCUAUAACCUUAAACACACUGCAGUACUGGCAAUACCAACAAUUACAGCUGUUACUCCCUCAUUACUUCUCCGUUAAUGUGUCUCAACAGCUUUAAAUGAAGUCAAUAAUUUAAUCAUUUUGUUGGGAAUAUGUAUGCACAUGGACUUUAUUGUAAUACUGUAAAUGUAGCACUGUUACACUAUGUUACACAUUUUGUACAGACUGUUGUAUAAUUGUAAAUAUGUGUAUUUAAAUAAAUUAAGACAUUUUUCUAGAAA